AUGCGUUAUACUAUCCUCGCCUUCGCUAUCGGCGCCACUGCCGCUCCCCUCACCGGUUACUCUUCUGGAGCCUCUUCUGGAGUCUGCCCUCCUGGACUAUACAGCAACGCUCAAUGCUGUGCCACUGACGUCCUUGGUGCCGCUGCCUUGAACUGCAAAGCUCCGUCCACCACUCCCACUAGCACGGAUCAGCACAUCAGCGGAUGCGCGGCUACGGGUCAGCAAGCUAAAUGCUGUGUGCUCCCAAUUGCGGGCCAGGCUCUUCUUUGCCAGGAUGUUACCCCCAGUGCUAACGGAGGCAACAAUGGCGGUGCUAACGGAGGCAACAACGGUGGUGCUAAUGGAGGCAACAAUGGUGGUGAUAAUGGAGACAACGAUGACGACAACAACGGUGGUGCUUACGGAGCCGGUGCCCAAGCCAGCCAGACACCUACUUCCUAUCCUGCUUCCCAGGCGACCCCCUGCCCUAGUUCCUCCCCUGCUGCUGUCCCUUACUAG